ACAUAUUUAUAUUAUUUAUUAAAUAACUCACAAAAAAUGGCUAUCACUAGAUAUGUUGAACCAGGAAGAGUUGCAUUGGUAAACUAUGGAAAGAACGUACACAAAUUAGGAGUCAUCGUAGACAUUCUUGACGAAAACAGAGUGCUUUUGGACGGCCCAACCACCGGAGUUGCCAGAGAAGUCUACCCACUUAAGAGAUUAUACUUAACUGGCUUGAAAGUUUCCAUUUUGAGAGGUGCCAGAACCAAGACUUUGAGAAAAGCUCUUGAAAACAACGAUAUCUGCGAGAAAUGGGAAAAAACCUCAAAGGCUAAGAAGCAAGCCAUCAAGAUGAAGAGAGCUUCCUUGAAUGAUUAUGACAGAUUCGUAGUAAGCAACUUGAAGAGAAGAAGAGCAUUUGAAUUGAGAAGAAAAGCCAAGUAAAUAACUUAUGAUCGACCCUAAGACAUCUAAAAUAUUGACAAAGGC